UGGUCCCGCAGGGGGCGCCGCUGCGCCACCUCUUCUCAUUCAUUAACGCCCGGGGAGGCGAAUGGCGGAGUGGGGCCGUGGAGGCUGCAUCGGCUGAGCUGUUUGUGUUCCAGCACAGCGGCCACUCCGCGCCCGAGGUUGGCGUCUUGUCGGGAGGCCACUGGGUUUAGGAACUGGCCGAAGCUGAAGUCUCACAGGCCGUUGUUGUUAUUUAUGUGUUUAUUUAUUUGUUUUUUUCCUCCGAACGACUCGAGGCGAGCCACGAAAACAAGUCGGACAUGAACGGGGAAGUCGUCUGCACCACCACCUCCUUCCUAAGAUGCUCCAAGUCGGCGUCAGCGGUUCAGAACGACAAACCUGCUGGCAUCCGGCUGACGCAGGAGGGCCGGCGCUCCCCCAUCUGCUCCCAGCAGAGCGACGCCCCCAGGCCGGCUGAGGGCAGAACAGCGGACGCCAACGGCGCCACGCCACAACACUCGAAGGCGGAGCUUCCCGACACCCACAGCAGCUACAGCCAGUGCUCCCCAUGCUGGCAAGAUGAGCAGCCGCCUCCCCCGCAGCUCCACCGCACUCAGGCGUCCCUCUGGCCUCCCCCCGAGGCCCCCCGACUCCUCUCCAAAAGCUUGUCUCCGGCUCCGCUCCACAGCAACAACGGCGAGGCGCUCCGAGCCCAGCACAGGAGAGGGGGCGUCGGCAAGGCGAGGAAAUGCUCGCGGCGAACCAGGAUGGAAGGAAAAAACUCCCAAAACCGAAAGGUGACCGACUAUUAUCCAAUCAGACGGAGCUCGAGGAAAAGCAAAACGGAGCUAAAGUGUGAACGGAAGAAGCUCAUUGAUGAACUCAUCAUUAAAGGAAUUGAGGAAGGAAUGGAGGUGCAGUACAUGGAAGGAAAGGGGAGGGCCGUGUUCGCCACGCAGUGCUUCCAGAAAGGCGACUACGUGGUGGAGUACCACGGUGACCUGCUGCAUAUCACCGAUGCAAAGAAGAGGGAGGCCGAAUACGCCGAAAACCCCGCCACCGGCUGCUACAUGUACUACUUCCAGUACCUCUGCAAAACAUACUGCGUGGACGCCACCAGAGAGACGGGCCGGAUGGGUCGCCUGAUCAACCACAGCAAAAACGGGAACUGCCAAACCAAACUCCACGACAUCAACGGCACCCCGCACCUCAUUCUCGUGGCCUCGCGGGACAUCGACAAGGGGGAGGAGCUGCUGUACGAUUACGGCGACCGCAGCAAAGCGUCCAUCGCCGCCCACCCGUGGCUCAAAUACUGACGCCCAGGGAAGAGUCCGCUCACACCUGUGUUUCUUACUAGCUAGUGUACAAAAAAAAUGCCUUAGAAACUGAACGUGUUCCUUUUUUUCGGACCCUCGGCGGGUCGAUUUCAUGAGGUACCGGUCACAUUUCGAACGCUGCGCGUCUGCGCCGUUGAGAGACUUUUAUUUAUACGUUUCUGGGACGUUGUUGUUUGUUUUGCAGCUGCUUUAUUUUGUACAUUUUGUACCGCUACAGAACAACGCCUCCACAGCAUACAGGUGGGGGUUGGAGCUCCGCAUUUUUAUAUAGAUUUUUUUAAACGAGCGGUUAGAUACGUAGCAAUACUUUAAUCUUCGGCCCCAGAGCUCUUUCUGACUCUGCAAGAACGGCGAGAUGCAAAUGGCAAAGGCUUUUUAGGGAAAUCUGCCACAAAGUUCAGUUUUUGAAGGUCACCACAACUACAAAAAAAAAAAAAUCAAAUGUUUUCUCACUGGAUGAAUUGUUGACGUGCAGAAAACUUGUGUUGAAGAUGCAAAAAGAAAUGAAUUGUCUGAAUAUAUAUUUUUUGUUUUAGGAUAUAUUUUUUAAUAAAGCAUACAUUUGAAUUCUCCAAUAGAUUUUGCUGAACUUUGCAGAAUUUCCAGCUUUUUUUACUCAAAAACUGUGUUUUCAGUUUCCACAUCUCCAUGAUCUCAGCAGAGCUUAAAGCUAUUCUUUCAAAGAUAAGCUGUGUUUAAUGCUCUGAAUAUGUUAUUUCUGAUGUUUAUUUUUAACCAAAAUCUUUAUUUAUUUUUGGGUUAAAUUUAUGUCCGAAACCAGAUUAUGCGAGAUGUUCUGCCGACCAAACCAUUUAACCAUUUAACUAAUAUGGUUAAGCCUUUGUUGAGAUAGAACAGGUAGUGAGCGAAAACUCCAAUAAAAUAAAUUUUAAACUUCAAAUCCCCCAAAUACAAUUGGACUGUAAAGAACAAAUUAAUUUAUUUCUCCUGUAUGUGUUUUUACAACAAACAUUUCAGUUUUUUUGUUAUCCAGUUUUAUGAAUAAUAAUCAGUCAGAAGUCUUUACAUGGUUGAAAUUCUGCAUGUUAAAAAUAUGUAUAAAUACCUGUUUAACAACAUGUUGCAUUUGGCCCCAAUGCGUUACAUUUAUUUGAAGUGCUAAGUCUAAAAAGCAGCGUGUGAUAACUUAACUACCGUAACAGGUUUAUCUUAUCUGAAAUACUAAUAGAAAUGCCUGUUUAACUCCGCUGUAAACAAAAUGCCAAAGAAAACACAAAUCAAUGCUGAUCUUACAAAAAUGUAUUUGCAUUUAGAGGCAAAUAAAAACUAUAAAACCAGGGAAACUUUGUAGAAUAUUUAUAGGAAUUUGUUUGUCACCAGGUCAAACAAAAAAAUAAAUCAGCAAUUUUAUUCAGCAAUUUAAAAAAAUAACUACAUUGACGGGAAAUAAGUUUACUUGAGGCUACAAACAGAACAGUUUUGGGAAAUGUCUAUUUCUACUUCCUUUUUGUAUGAAAACAAAAGUUAUACUGAUGAUAAAUAUUGAUGAUACCGAUUUAAAGUAAUUUUAAAUAUAAAAAGAAGGGUUAAAAUGUAUUAACUCAGAUCAGCUAAUUUUCGUUAGCUAAGCUAACAAAUGUUAGCUCAGCUAAGAGAGAUUAGCUUAGCUAUCUUCCUUAUCAGUGUAAUUUAUUAUAAGAUUUAUAAUUGACCUCUUUCUGAAUAAAACAAAUAUAAUAAGGUAUUCGUCACAACUUCAUGACAGUUUUAAUAACUAAAAGUUGUUGCCUGUAUGUAUUUGAAGGUUUGGUCGGUACAUGGCUAACCCCGUGCCUCUAUUCUGCACGUCAAGCUAAACCCUUUUAGCUGUAACUCAUUUUAACCAUUAAAAGGCAGAAUCGACAUUUCCAUACAAUCAUUUGGAUCAAAAGAAUAAAAAAAAUUACAUUAGAAAUAUAAAAUAUUUUAUUUGAGCUGUCUUUUUUUUGGAUUUUUUUUUUUUUUGCAGCUUUGAUAGAAAAUUUCAACAGGAAAAUCAUCUUCUUUCAAACGCCCACUUCAAUGUAUGCAAGGAAAUAAGUUGCCCUCUCUUGGUAGCAUUGUUACUCGCCUAAAAUGUCUUAACCUGAACUUUAGUGAACUGUUACAUUUGGUUUGUUGUUAUUUUUUAAGUGAAACUAAUGCAAUAAACAUCAGAGGAUGAAAUUGGCCUGUUGGUCAUUUUAAGAAAUUAUCAAUAGUGACUGUAAAAGCAUCACGAACAUUUUAAUACUUGGUUUCAAGCAUUGAAAAAUAAAAAUGGAUUAUGCAAACAACAAA